AUAGAAUUAAUUUCACCGCAAUAUAAGAUAUGGCAACGCAGGCAGUCUCUUGGACGCGUCAGGCGUUUUCUGCUGCUAGCCGGCUGCCUGCCCGAGCUGUGACGCGAAAGGUUGUUGUCAGGACGUUGGCGUCGAAGGCAGAUACGAUCAAACAAACUGUGGCCGAUAACAAGGUCGUGGUUUACUCUAAGACCUACUGCCCAUACUGCACUCGGGUCAAGGGCCUGUUCACCGAGCUUAAGGUACCAUAUAAGGUCCUCGAGCUUGACAAUAUGGGCUCGGAGGGCGCCGAGAUUCAGGACGCAUUGCAGCCGAUCACCGGCCGGCGUACUGUUCCACAAGUGUUUGUGGGUGGAAAAUUUAUCGGCGGCUGUGACGACACUAUGGCGGCGCAUGCUGCGGGCAAGCUGAAGUCUGUCCUGGGCGAGGUCGGGAUCAGCAUUUAAGAAACCCUGUACGAACGGCAUACGGCGAGGGUUGCCAAAGGUGGCGUUGUUUUGUUCAAUUACGCACCAUAAAGUGGGAAUUUUCUAUCGUGUAACAUUACCGGGAUUU